CUGUCAAUCGAUUUGGUCUAGCAGAUUAGGGAUUUGCGGAAACAAAACCACCACUUCUCCCUCUCCUCUCUCUCUCGUGCGACUCUCGCCCCUUUCGACGAGUUGCGUGCGAGAUCCCUGCCUUAGCCGAGCAUCACCGGCACAUCGUGGAACCCACAUUUCUCCUCUUUCCCCGCGUGAACAGCAGUCUUUUUCGCCCUCCUUCGUCUCUUGAGAAACAGCGACACCGGUAACGACAUCGAAUUGCGGGGAUCACGAUGAAACAGGUGCCAGGGUGCUUUCCAGCAAGUUACUCAUUGAAAGUCAUUGGGCUUGCAGGGAAUCUGUAGUGCAAGAUGUCAGGCAGGAAGGAAACAGUUCUAGAUUUGGCAAAGUUCAUCGACAAGGGUGUCCAAGUGAAGCUGACAGGGGGAAGACAAGUGAUGGGGACUUUAAAAGGCUAUGAUCAGCUGCUUAACUUGGUGCUAGAUGAAGCUAUAGAGUUUCUCAGAGAUCCUGAUGAUCCACUGAAGACGACAGACCAGACAAGACGCCUUGGCCUUAUAAUAUGUAGGGGGACUGCCGUAAUGCUCGUGUCUCCAACUGAUGGAACAGAGGAAAUUGCAAACCCCUUUAUCCAGCCAGAUGGAGCUUAAAUUUCAAGUUUUAAACACUGCAUGAUUGGCCAUUUUCGCUGUCUAAUAUUUAAUGGCCCGUCACUUGCUUUUUAAUUCCCCAAAAAAGAGGGAAAAUUCUACUGCAAAUUCUGAGAAUUUCCAUGAUGUUACUUGUCCUUUUUGUGCCAUUUAUUCCAAUUUCUGAAACUUAUUUAUCGUAAA